AUUUUAGAUCGAGUUUAUAGGCCGAUCAAGAAGCAGCAUUUCGUCGAUGCCUAUCGUAUGGAGUGUUGUUGUUUCUUCUUUACACGUGCAGACCAAUAGACCACGAGGGGGACUGCUAUGAACGGGAUAGAGUUCAUGUCCUCUUUUUGACAACAAAAAGUUGUGGUGGUGGUACGGCGUCGCCUGAAGAAGCGGGAGAUUUAGCAAAACCAAACCAAGUUCUCCUUACUCAUGAAGUGCUUACGAACCGGCGUUCGUUUUGUUAUCAGUUAGUGCUCGGAAAUAGUUGGUUGUGCACGUUUGUCAACAGAUAACAACACAUUUAUUCUUAUAGAUUAUGUAACGGUCUGUUCCACUUAUACAAGGUUAACCGAGAUUUGCGUUCACCAUUCUUCGCGUGCAGAGUUGCUGUUCAUUCAACUGCGAUUCACCAAAAGCAAAAAUAUGAUUAAUUAUUUUAGUGGAAUGGAUGCCCUCUACAUCUUACUUUUGGCUAUUAUCGGAGCUAUCACGUUACUCUUUAUUAUAUUGGAUCCAUUAUGGGAUAUUACUUUAUCACUACGUGCCAUAUUAUCUCCGUAUCUCCGGACGGAUUUCGAAAGCGAUUUAGUGAAGAAAUAUGGCCAAUGGGCGCUUGUUACUGGAUGUACAGAUGGUAUUGGUAAAGAAUAUGCAAAACAGUUGGCAAACAGAGGAUUGAACAUCGUUUUAGUGAGCCGAUCUCCCGAAAAAUUGUCGACCGUUUCUCAGGAAAUCGUGCGGACUUUCAACGUAAAAACGAAAGUGAUUGUCGCCGAUUUUAGUAAAGGUGCCCCAAUUUACGAAAAAAUUCGACUUGAACUUGGUAACUUAGAAAUAGGGAUUUUAGUAAACAAUGUCGGCAGCCAGUACACCUUUCCAAUGUAUGUCGGCGAAGUCCCAGAAAAAACCGUUUGGGACAUCAUUAAUGUAAACGUUGCCGCCGUCACCAUGAUGACCAAAAUGUUAAUUGAAGAUAUGAAAGCCCGGAAGAAAGGUGCUAUUGUUAACGUGUCGUCUGGGGCCGAAUUACAACCACUUCCAUUAAUGACACUUUAUGCAGCUUCUAAGGUUUACAUUCGAAAUUUUACAAGAGCAUUACAAAGAGAAUACUCCAACCAUGGCAUUACAAUCCAACACGUCUCACCUAUGUUCGUCAAUACGAAAAUGAACGAUUUUAGUAGACGUUUAAGAACAACGGGUUGGUUCGUACCAAACGCAGAAAGUUACGCGAAAUACGCUGUUUCAACCCUUGGAAAAUUGGAUCACACCACUGGUUAUUGGACACACGGCAUUCAGUAUUUCUUCGUUGGAAUGGUACCCGAGUGGAUACGAAUUACCAUAGGGCAUAGGCUAAAUAAAUCCCUUAGGAAGGAAUAUUAUUCAAAUCAACAACCAGUGCAAACAAAUUGUUAAAUUUGCGUCAUCCCAAUUUUCAACAUUUCGUAUCUAGUCAUACUUUGUAGUUUUUAAGAAUCUUUGUUAUUGUAGUUAUUUGAAGUUAUUUAAAUGGUUUAUGAAAGUUUAUUAAUUUCCUCUUGGUUUCCUUUGGUUAAAUUGUAGAUAUUUAUUUACUAUGUAAUUUUUAUAAUUAAUUAAGCAAUAUGACAAGAACUAUUAUGAUUAAAACGAAAUAAUUAAAUUAAUAUUGCCAUUCUUGUGAUUUUUUAUACAUCAAAUACAAAAUAAAAAUUCCAAC